AAGUCAGAGGUGCCGCAACACGAACCGACGACUUCCAUCCGAUCCUGUUCCUCGAUAAGAACGAAGAGCCUCGUUCGAUCCCCGACGGCAGCUGCUCAAAACCCAAUCCCAAAAUCGCAGGCCGGAGAAGCGAAGUGGGUGGUGCGUGAGGAUGGUGAAGUCGAAGCUGAUCGUGUUGGCGCUCUGCGCGGUCGCGUCCCUGGCUCGGGCCGCCGCCACCACCACCGAAGUCAGCUACUGCGAUAAGAAGACUGAAUAUGAUGUGAAGGUGACGGGGGUUGAGAUUUCGCCUUAUCCGGUUGCGAGAGGCAAGACAGCUACUUUCAGCAUCUCUGCAUCGACGGGUUUGGCAAUCUCUGGAGGGAAACUGGUUAUUGAUGUUUCAUACUUUGGGUGGCACAUUCACAGUGAGACCCAUGACCUUUGCUCUGAGACAUCUUGCCCCGUAACGACAGGGGAAUUUGUGGUUGCUCAUUCUCAAGUCCUGCCAGGAUACACACCACCAGGUUCAUAUUCCCUGAAGAUGAAGAUGUAUGAUGGGGACAAGCGAGAGCUCACAUGCAUUGGCUUUGAUUUCGACAUUGGAUUGGCCUCAUCUGUAGCGGACAGUUAAGGAUCGUUGUGGGCCAUGAAGUGUGCAUCUCAUCUGUGCUGGUCGGUCAAAGAUGAGACCCUUAUAUUGUGAGUGGAUACUUCUAUCUUCUCUAGUGAUGAUAUUGUGUAAGUAUUUACUUGGCCUGUGGGAAUACAAUACGCUAUAUUACGUGUAUAGAGUACAAUAAGUUGGCAUUGUGAUCGUCGAGGGUUUGAAACCCUGUCCGGAUUGCAGUCAGGCUUUUACUGACUGUCUCUCAUGUUAUUCCCGUCAUUGUUGUGUAAAUGUUCUAUUCAAAGCACUAAUAGUUCUACGACACGAAUAGCUAUUCGAUUGCGAUAACUUUAUGGGACGAGUGGGUUCGAUAGUA